GUCAAGUCAGCACAGGCAGCAACAGUCUGCUGAGCCUCAGAGCACCGAUAUACUAAUACUUUAGUAUUACAACAGUAUUACUACUUUACUUUACAACAACACAACUACUACUUUACUACAACAGUACUACCAAUGUACUACAACAGUACUACUACUGUAGUGUAAAACCGUAGGACAUAGGAGGAAGAGGAAAAGAGCAGCUGCUGUGGAGGGAAAAAGAAAACAGACAGAAAGAAAAGGUAAAAGAAGAGACCUGGGAGGGAGAAGAAGAAGAGAGAAGAAAAGGUGAAGGAAGAGAAGAAGAUGAAGUGUUUUUUGGGGACUGUUGUCUUCGUCUCUCUGCUGUGGACCGUUUGCAGCAUCUCUCUAUCUUCUUAUCCUACUGACGAAUGCUCCGGCAUGUCUCUCCCUCUUUCGGACCGGCGCUACCUCCGUCUCCGUGUCUGCUGCUGCUGCGGUGGUUGCUUCCGCUGCUGCCCACCUUGUGCUGACUGCAGCCCCUUUCCCGUCCAUGUAUUCUGCCCUCAGCUCCUCUGCCAGCUGCUGCAGGACUUUCCUCUAGGCUCUCCUGCUGCUGCUGCUCCUUGAACAAGAUGCGGGCAUUGAUCCCAGCCAGGUCGAGGAUGUUACAGAAGACCACCACUGGCCCAUAUUUGCAUACCGUUCCUGACAGACUAUGCCCUCGCAUCUGGUCCAGGACGUCCUUGCAGUACUUGGUGUUGUUGUAGUAGGUUAAAAGUGCCCCCACUUGUGUGCACGGUGCUCAGGAUGCAGACAUUCUUCUUCGGCUUUCCCUGGUUCACAGUCAGAGUCGCAAACCCUGUGAAAUGAUGUGCAGCAGGUCACUACGACCGCUUAUGGCCGAAAUAGGUCUACGGGCAUUCCGGUUGAAGACCUCCUGUAACUUUACCACCCUGAAGGAGAAGCAGCUGAAGGAGAUCCAGGCUCCAACCACCAUCCUGUACCUGCCAGUUCUGUACCUGCUAGCCUUCAUUGUAGGUCUGCCCUCCAACUUGCUGGCUCUGUGGAUCCUGGUCUUCAGGACCAAACCACUGCCAUCCACCACACUGCUCAUCAACCUGACUUCCGCAGACUGCCUGCUGCUGCUGGUGCUGCCGUUCCGGAUCAUGUACCACUUCAGAGGGAACCACUGGGACCUGGGUGAGCCCUUCUGCCGUAUUGUCAUGGCGAUGUUUUAUGGCAAUAUGUAUGGGUCGGUUCUGUGUCUGGCAUUCGUGGCUCUGGACCGCUACAUCGCUCUGGUUCACCCAUUCGGUGCAAAGACACUGCGUAGCCGGCGGACAUCUCUAUACAUGACAGCAGCAGUUUGGACGGUGGUGCUGGCCGCCAUGCUACCACUGCUGGUGUCUCGGCAGACGUACAUGCUGGACGAGCUACAGAUCACCACCUGCCAUGAUGCGCUGCCUGAGGAGGAACAGGAGAACUACUUCCUGCCAUACUUCGCCACCUUGUUCACCUUCUGCUUCCUGCUGCCUUUCAUGGCUGUUCUUUUCUGCCAUGGCGCUGUGCUGCGCACCCUGCUGGCUAAAGGAGAGCGCUAUGGUCACGCCGUUAGGGUGACAGUCCUGGUGCUGCUCGUCUUCAUUGUGUGUCUGCUGCCCAGCAACAUCCUCCUCCUCCUCACCUACAUGGAUAGCUCACAGGAUGGAGACGGCGAGGAUGUCUAUGUCCCUUACAUGGUCAGCUUAGCAGUUAGUACCUUCAACAGCUGCAUCGACCCUUUCAUCUACUACUUUGUGUCCGUGGAGUUCAGGGAUAAGGCCAGGAACACUCUUUGUUGCCGUGUGAACUCAGAGGUCAAACCGUCGUCUCUGGACAAGAAUGUGUCGUACUCUUCAUCAUCAUCAGGCCUAAGGUCAAAAGUCACCAUGCUGACCAAGCCCAGUCAGUGUGGAACAUCUGAGACAGGCUGAUGGUUACAUGACUGAUGACAUCAUCACAGCUGUCAAUUAAACAUCUGUAUUGAUCCCCGAUCACUUUAUUAAUUGUAAACUUCAAGAUGGCCUUGUUAUUUUAGUUUAUUUUACAUGAAUAAAACGAUGAAGGAAAAAAACAUAAGAGAAGAAUCUUUAAUGCUGUUUGUUUGAUCAACAUGUGAGACCAGUGUUCAGCCUCCAGGAUGCUUUGAGAUGCUUUAAAUACAAAAUAAUUCACUCUAAAGUUUAACAAGUCAUCAUUAAUAAAAGUUAUUAAAAGUUAUUGUUAAAAUCUGUGAAAAUAUUUCAGGCCUGAACAGUGAAGUCAUUGCUAAAGUGUGUUGAAGCGUCACUAUGUCAAGCAUCCAACAGGGGGUUCAUCUGGUUUCAAAAAGUAGUCAGAUUGUAUAGAAGCUUACAAAAACUUGUUUUUUGAUCUCAACAGUUUCCUGAUGAUUUCAUGAUCCAAGUAGGAGAUGAUUUAGGUGUUACCAUGGCAAAAUGUCCUUGUCUUAAUCAGAUCCAAUCAGAAUAUCCUCCCCGAACUCCACCUUCAAUUGUCCAAAUUUGGUAACUUCUGGCUUGAGAGAAACAAGAUGGCGACGGGCGUAACACCAAACAAACAGCUGACACCCCUCUUUACUGUCAACAGAAAUCCACCUGUUUCUUCCUGACAGGUACACAAUAAGUAUAUCGUGGGCAGAUGUGGUUGAGGGGUAGAGCCAGCGUCUUGUUAUCUGUUCGAUUGUUUGAUUGUCACUGGUCUGAUUCCCCUGGUCUGUAUGUUGAAGUGUGCUUGGCAAAGACACUGAACCGCAAACUGCUCCUGAUCUGCUGGUUGACACCUUGCAUGGCAGCCUCCUCCUUGCAUGGCAGUAUGAAUGUAUGUAUGAAUUACUUUAAGUUGCUUUGGACAAAAGUGUCUGCUAAAUGUAAAUGUAACGUAACUGAUAAGCUGCGUCCAGUAAAUAAUUACAUUGUCUGUGACAUGACAGAUGGUGGUGCUCAUACCACUUUGAUAUGUUUCAUCUAACUGGAGCUUCAUCUGGACAUUGAUCAUCAUAUCUACAAGAGAGAACAUAGUGAAAUCAGAAACACUGCAGGUCAGAUUUAGGUUCCUCACUUUACAUCUGGAUCAUCAUCUGGAAGCUGAAGAACUUCUUCCCCAGACAUGGAUCAGGUUUACAAAUCAGAACAGAUCAGAAGCUGAGCUGAUGUUCUGUAAAGUCAGGAUGUGAUGCUCUGGGUGACCAGCAGGGGACAGCAGGCACUCAUGUUUCACUGCAGCUGUGUCCCCCUCCAGCUCAACCAGUCUAUAUAUAUGAAGUAUAUAUACUUCAGUUAAAGCAGUAAUACCACCAUCAAAUACUACAAUUUAAGUAGUAGUAUUACCAUCAAAUACUACAGUUAAAGUAGUAGCACCACCAUUGUCAAAGACUACAUUUAAAGUAGUGCUACUGCCAUAAAAUACAACAGUUAAAGUAGUAGUACUACCAUCAUUGUCAAGUAAGUGUUGGCCGACACACUUAGUUGUGCUCAACAUCUGCUUUUGUUGAUGUCAACCAUAACAUCACAAACAACAGAGUCUGGUAUCUCGGCUCAACUUGCUGGUUCUUAACUCCGCCUGGCUCCUUGUUCUAGUCCCCUGAUUGGUCACAUGAGGCAUCAAUAUACAUGUAUUACCCAAUACAUUGACACCUCCCACUUGAAGUCUCACUAUUCAAACUACUAUUUAAACUAACAGUUUAGUUGAACAGCUUAAUUCCUUUUGUUUUCCAGACAAACAUUAACAUUUAUAUCCUUCCUUUCCUUCUAUCCAUAACAAAGUCAUAUGACAAUACUCUUACAUGUCCAUUCUUCCAACAGGCUUACACACUCUGCCAAAUCUAGUUACAUCUGGCCUUCAGAUACGUUUCUAAUAAGCCCACUAGAGUCACCCUGUCUCUGACACGAGGCUUGUUUUGUGUCUGUCCCUUUUAAUUCCGUAUGUUCCUUAGAGUUCACUGUUGCUGCUCUUGGUGGUACAAGCUGAAUGUGUUGUCUGUUCCUUCACCCUCUCCUCCCUAUGGCGAGUUCACCUAUGAGCGCUGUGUGCAGCUCUCCUGUAUGACAGACACUGUCAUCUAUCUUCCUCUGUGAGGAUGCGUUUUGCAGUUUGGACUGCACGCUCCAUGUUUCCGUUACCCUGAAAAUAGGGUGGGCUGGAUGUAACAUGCACAGUGUCAUACUAUCUGCACAACUCUUUCCAGGCCUUACUUGUAAAUUGAGGCUUAUUAUCACUGACAAUCUGGUCAGGGAUACCAAAUCUUGCUCAUUGCAGCUUUUAACAUCUUAUCAACCUGUUGUGUUGUGGUGGCAGUCAAGUGUAAGAUUUCCAUGUAACGUGAUUAAUAGUCUGAUAUCACAAUGUAAUGUUUGCCUUUAUACUCACAUCCGUGGCUAUCUUUUGCCAUGGUUGUACAGGAAGGGGUGUGGGUUGUAAUGGCUCCUUGCGCUGCGUGCGCUUGUUUUUCUGGCAAAAGUGACACGUCUCCACCUUACGUUUGAUGUUGGCAGAUAUUUUAGGCCACCACUCAGUUUCCUGUGCGCAUUCUCUGCAUUUUGACAGGCCUUGGUGUCCAUCAUGUAUGUCCUCCAAUAGCUCCUGUCUCACUGACUGUGGAAUUACAGUGCAACAUCCUAGUGUGAUGAGGCCCUCACACACGGAUCAUGAGUCUUUCAUGAUAUAAUAGUCUUUUGCACUGUAGGGGGUGCUAUUGACUCAUUCUGGCCAUCUUUGAUCAGCUUUUGCGCACUGCUCAUCCUUCUGUGUAGCAGACCUGCAUAUCCAGUUUGUGCUGUGAUAUUGGCCAGCUGUGAGUUACAGCAUUAUCAUGGCAGACAAUGAUGGUCUCUGUGGUGUUGUCACUGUCAUUAAUAAAAUAGAAUCACUACCAUCAAAUACAACAGUUAAAGUAGUAGUACUACAAUCAAAUACUUCAGUUGAAGUAGUAAUACCAUCAUGAAAUACCAUAGUUAAAGUAAUACUACUGCCAUCAAAUACUACAGUUAAAGUAGUGGUACUACCAUGAAAUACUUCAGUUAAAGUAGUACUACUGUCUGAACAAAGGCUGAACAAAGAGUUCAGUUCAGGAAAUUGAUCAGACCUUAAGUGACUAAAUGGCCUGAGGUGACAAACAAACAGGCACACACGCACUUCUCUCCACUCACAUAAAAAUCACCAUUACGACAGUGAUGUAGUCACAGGUAUUGAUGAUGUAUACAUUAAUCUGUUUAUAAAGUCACGUAUAACAGUGUGACUCAGUGAUACACUCCUGAUCAAAAUUUUAAGACCAGUUGAAAAAUUGCAAGAAUUUACAUUUUGCACUGUUGGAUCUUGAAAAGGUUCUAAGUAGAGUUUCAAAAUGCAAAAAGAAGAAAUGGGAGUGACACAAAAAAAACUGAUUUAGCAAUUUAUUGAAAACAACAAACUGAAAUAGGCUGUUCAUCACCUGAUCAAAAGUUUAAGACCAUAGCUCAAAAAAAAACCAAACCCCCCAUAAAAUAGAAACAAAAGUUUCAAAAAAGGACUCAGUAAUGAGUAACUCCACCAUUCUUGUUGAUCACCUCAAAAAUUUGUUUUAGCAUGCUUGAUUCGAGUGUUUCCAGGAGGCUAGUGGGAAUGCUGCUCUAAGUGGUAAAGAUGGCUUCACGGAGGGCAUCCACUGUCUGGAACUGAUGUCCAUUUUUGUAAACUUCCUUGCCAUCCAUCCCCAAACGUUCUCAACUGGAUUUAGAUCAGGGGAACACGAAGGACGGUCCAAAAGAGUGACGUUAUUCCUCUGGAAGAAGUCCUUUGUCAGGUGGGCAUUGUGAACUGCAGCGUUGUCCUGUUGAAAAACCCAGUCAUUACCACACAGACGAGGGCCCUCGAUACCCUCUGUGAUAUCUCCACAUAGCCAGCCGCUGUUUGACGCCCCUGCACAACCCAAAGCUCCAUUGUGUCAUGAUUCCUGUUUGUGUUGUGUUCUUGUAUCUGGUUUUUGGUUUCUUGUAUUUGAUUUAUGUCUUUGUAUCAUGUCCUGUGUCUCAUGUUUUGUUUUUCCAUGCCCUCAUAUGUCCUUUAAGUUUCCCUGUGUAUUUCCCUUGUUGAAUUUCCAUGUCCUCUUGUGUCUCUUGUCCUUUUAGUUUCUCCCAUGUUCUCCCCUCUGGCUCCCUCUGUCUGUUGUAUUGUUCCCUUCAUGUUUUCUCAUGUGCUCCUCCCCCUCAUUACCUCACCUGGCCGCCUCUCUCCUCACCUGUUCCUCGUCUGAUCAUCAGGGUCUGUGUAUUUAGUCUCUGUGUUCCCUUCACUCCCUGUCCGAUCAUUGUUUGUAUUCUGUCCAUGCUCCUUUUCCCUGUUCCCUGUUUGGUAUGUUUUAGAUUUUUUUGCAUUUUUUUCCAUGUUUGAUUUGAACCUUGACUUUGAUUUGAACUUUGUAUUUCGCUUUGCUACUUUGUCUUGUCCUUGGUUGCUACUUUGCCUUUC